CACGGGGCGCCGGCGUCAUGGCGGCUCCCACGCUGGGUUCGACCUGGGGCCCGCUACGGCUUGGCGUUCCGGGCCUGUGCCGCCGCCGACCGCCCCGGGGGCUGUGGUGCGCACGCGUGCGGCGGCUCCCGGGACCGCCCGCAGUGACCCGGCGGAGCGUGACGGCGGCCAGCGGCCCUGUCGCCGCGGGUUCUGAGCACUACUGCCUGGAGCUGCUGCGGAAGCGAGAUUAUGAAAAUUAUUUAUGCUCCCUGCUGCUUCCUGCAGAAUCCCGAAGCUCUGCUUUUGCGCUGAGGGCCUUCAACGUGGAACUGGCUCAGGUUAAGGACUCAGUGUCUGAGAAAACAACUGGACUGAUGCGAAUGCAGUUCUGGAAAAAAGCUGUGGAAGACAUAUAUUGUGACAAUCCACCACAUCAGCCUGUGGCCAUUGAACUAUGGAAGGCUGUAAAAAGACAUAAUCUGACUAAAAGAUGGCUUAUGAAAAUCAUUGAUGAAAGAGAAAAAAAUUUGGAUGACAAAGCAUAUCGUAAUAUCCAGGAACUUGAAAAUUAUGCUGAAAACACACAGAGCUCUCUUCUUUAUUUAACAUUAGAAAUAUUGGGUAUAAAGGAUCUUCAUGCAGAUCAUGCCGCAAGUCACAUCGGAAAAGCACAAGGCAUUGUCACUUGCUUGAGAGCAACUCCCUAUCAUGGUAGCAGAAGGAAAGUAUUCCUUCCCAUGGAUAUCUGUAUGCUGCAUGGUGUUUCACAAGAGGACUUUCUGCGGAAGAACAGAGAUAAAAACAUGAGAGAUGUAAUAUAUGACAUUGCAAGCCAGGCACACUUACACCUAAAGCAUGCUAGGUCCUUCCACAAAAGUAUUCCUGUGAAAGCAUUUCCUGCUUUUCUUCAGACGGUUUCUCUAGAGGAUUAUUUAAAGAAAAUUCAGCGAGUGGAUUUUGAUAUAUUUCACCCAUCAUUACAGCAGAAGAAUACAUUGCUUCCAUUAUCUUUGUAUAUACAGGCGUGGAGGAAAAGAUACUAAAAUUAUUUCAUGGUAUUGAUAUUUGCUAUUAGUUUUACAAAAAUGUACCAGUUAGGGUUCUUGUUUAGAAAAAAUAGGAAUUGAUUUUGUUUACUUAAGGACAAAAAGGAGUAUUGGGGCAAGUAGAGUGUCUCAAAGGUAGAGCGCCUGCCUAGCAACUGCGAGGCCCUGAGUUCAGGCCCCAGUACUGAAAGAAAGAGAGAGAGGGAGGGAGGGAGGGAGGGAGGGAAAAUAAAAGAAGUAUUAGGUGGAUGCUGAAUAGCUCACGGAACUGAUGUGAAGUUGUUGUGAGUUUAGAGUACCAAGACACUGCUGAGACUCUGCCACACACACCACCACUGACAUCACCAGUUGGACAGUGGCUGCUGUGCCAUACUUAGGUUUGGAGCCCCUGGAGGGAACCAGGCUAGAGGAAAUGUCAUCCUCCCUCCCUCCCUCCCUCCCCCUUGGUUAGGAAAGGGAAAGGGCUCAGGUAGUGCUAGAAUUUACAUGCUGAGCAGCCAAAACUCAGGUGUUGUGUACAGCUGGAAAAUGGAUUUAUUUAGGAAUUAUGAAGAAUGAACUUAACUUUUGAGGAGUUAUCGGUUGAGUUUAUAUCCCUAACAUUUAGUUUUUACAACCUUGUGUGAAAAUUUAUCCAUGAUGAUAAAACCACUUAUUUAAGGUAAGGCCGCUGCUCAUAAGAGCUAGAGCCCUAAGAGCCCUAGAGUUCUGGCUGGAAGUUGUUUCUUGUUAACCCCACUGCUUCAGUCUGCCACUCAGCAAUAUUGUGGUCAUAAAUAAAGUUGUGUUGACAGAAUUUGUAUUAGUAUAAAUUAUAUUAACAAUGUCCUGCUGAAUAGCAUUAAGGGAUGUACACUUUUAAAAGUAGUAUGCAUUGAGCCACCCAAUGAUAAGUACUGUGGUAUAUGUGAUGUGUGUGUCCAUGUGUAUUUUCACUUGAUCUUAAAGGCCCUAUGAAAUAAGGCACUUUUGGUAAUUAAAAAUUUAAAUCAUAAGGUAUAUACCAAUUUGAAAAACCAAAAUUAUUUACAUUGCUGGCACUUGGAAGGUUUGGAAUCCUGUGACCAGGAUUAUACCAGUUUCCUUUUCCCUGGAUUUUCAGUGGUCUUCUCCACUGCUGACAUCUGCAGCAUACUCGUUCUGUUUCAGCUAUGAAUUAGUGCCUACUUAAAUUGUGAGUUAAUGACUUAAAAUAAUAUGCUUUUGCAAAUAAAAUUCAAACAGUAUUUCAAGAGGAAGAAUACAUUCAUUUUUUAUCCCCAACUACCUAGAAUGGCUUCUGAGUUGCAGCAAGUAGAAAUUAAUAAAUGUAAAAUUGAAUGAGUGUGAAGUGUCACCAUAGGUUAGGUGAUAGUGAUGCUGAAAGAAUAUCCUCUUGUUUAAUUCCAUUGCUUUAGAGAGUCUUUUAGUUUAUCUUCCAAUGCAAGUACAAGGAAAUGGGACAUGUUUCCUCUAGGGAUUCUGAAUGAGCCAGGUGGAAGAGUUCAUUAGAGAGAGUCUUUGUUAGCAUUGUCUGUGGGUCUUCCCAGGUUAAAUUUAGCUGCAGUCAGCUGCUAAACAUCUUGGUUCCUGUGUAACAAUCUUAAAAAAGAAGGGUUUUAAACACUCAAUGGGAUUGCUAGAUUCUUUACUGUCUCAGAAGCCAGUUUACUAUUAAGUAAAUAAUCUAAAAGUACUUUCUAAGACGUUUUAAAUUCCAUGUUUAGAGAUUUGGAUGAACUAAAGUUACCAGUCUCUAGAGAUUAAAAUGGAGUCUUAUUCAGUGACAUUUACUAUACUAUUAAUUUCCUAGCAAAAAAAUCCUUUAGAUGGUGCCAUCAUUUUUUAAUUCUCCAAAUCUGCAGGUUUUUGUUAGUUUUUUUUGAAGGAGUCAGACAUAUUUAAAAGCUUUUAGGGGACUGGGGACAUGGCUCAGUGGUGGAGUGCUUGCUUAGCAUGCCCAAGGCCUUGGGUUCAAUCCCUGUACCACAAAAAAUAAAACCUUUUAUAUAUAUCUUCAUAGUGAAUAGGUGGGUGGCAAGUGAUAACAAAUCUUAAGUAUAAAUUACAAAUUAAUUUAAAUACAGGUAAAGUUGCUUAUUAGAAAAUGUUAAGAGUAGUUCUUAAUCAAUUGGCAAUAUGCUUUCUCUCUAGUUAAAUCAGCUCCUUUUGAUGAGAUGUUACUGUUGAGAAAUGUGACGAUGGCUAGCGCUUACUGAACAUGAACUUGGACAGGUUAUGUACUUUGCACUUUAAUGAUUUAAUCCUCACAGUGAAGUAGGUCUUUAUUUUCCAAAUGAUAAAACUAUCUCGGCAAUACUAAAUUCAAGGUCACACAGCCAUUAGUGGUAGAGCUGGAAACCAAACCACGCCAGUUCAAUGCCAAAGUCCAGUAUUUUUUUUUUUCACCAUUCUUCAGAUUUGUAAAAUAAACUACCAAGUUUAAAAGCUCAAGGACACACCUUUUUUUCAGAAAUAAGUAUUACUGCAUAAAUUUCAAGUACAAAUUAGGUUUAAAAAAAAAGUGAUUGCUAGGGCUGGAAGAGUGGCUCAAGUGGUAGAGCCUGCCUAGCAAGCAUGAGGCCCUGAGUUCAAACCUCAGUGCCACCAAAAAAAAGUGAUUGCUACAUAAUUCCCAACUAAAUUAUGUGAAAUUGAAGGAGGAAGUUGAAAUAGAUACCAAGAACUGGCCACUGGCUAUAAUGGGAGAGGCACUUGCCUGUCUUGGAGGUCAAAGGUUUGUUAGAGGGUGUGGUGUGUGAAUGGUGUCAAGAAGAUUGGGUAGGAGUCAGGACGUAGGGAGGCCAUGUGGAUGUCCUUAUGAGGAGGUCACAUCUAGAGGAGUAAUAUACACAAAUACCAAGGUGGAGAAUGGAUGGUUUGUGGUAUAAUUCAACUUUUUGGCUUUAACAAGUAAAAACAGACUGUAAUGUCCAGCACUUUUAGGAACGUUUAUGAAUAAUAAAUGGCCACAUCCUCUGAUCUAGUGAAGCAUUUUGAAUUAAGAUCAAAGACAUGGAAGUUUAUAUUUUGCCCAUUGCAGCAAAUCCCUAGGUGUCCUUGGAUUUGUUUUAGCUCACACAAAUUGGAUUCCCUGAAGAUGCUAGCCUAAUUGAUUGCUUGUCCAGAAAGAUCCACAGACUUGUGAACAUUGCGCAGAGGAAUAUUAAAAAUAAAACAUACUACUGUUUGUUCUUGUCAGGAGGACUGGCAAAGGAAUCUGAAAUGAGCCAAAGUUGGGGAGAGGAAUUGGGGGACACAUUAAAAUAACAUAAGCAUUUAUCUACUUUUUCUUACAGUGACCAUAUACUUCUUUAGUAACUGGAAAAUUAUUUCCUAAAAAUUAAGACCCUUUGCAGAUUGGUGACACGGCUCAAUGGUAGAGUGCCUGCCUAGCAAACCUGAUGCCCUUACUUCAAACCCCAGUACCACCAAAAAAUAAGCAUUUUUUAAAAAUUAGAAUCCUUCAAAUGAGAAAGAUGCCAGUAGACAAGAAAAUGAUUAAAUUUAUAGACCAGUGACUAGACAGGUGGGCAUAAAUUUGAUAAAUAGGCAAAAUCAUUAUCAAACUCAACAGUUGUAAGGAGCAAAUGAGUUAAUACAUUAAUACAUGUAAAGUACUUAGAAUGGUGACCUAAAUGUAGUAAACAAUAAAUGUUAUUAACCUUUUUUUUUAUUUUGAGACAGUAUUGCUCUGUAGCCCAGGUUGGCCUUGAAUUCACUAUGUAACCCAAAGGUGGCAUCAAACUCACGGUCUUCUUGCCUCUUUCCUCCUGAGUACUGGGACUAUAGACAUAUACCAUAACACCUGGCUUUAACAUUCUUAUAAAAAGUCAAUCUGGCAGCCUGAACCAGAUUAGGCCUGCAGGCAUGUUUUGUUUUGUAGGCAUGGCAUUUGAAAAAGAAACUGAAUGUCUUUAGAGAAGACAUGUACUCUCCAACUGGCCAAAGGUGCCAGUAUGUGCUCUUUUCUUACACCCCACCCGAUCACACAUUCAUAUUACUUGCCUACUUUCUGAACACUUGAGCUAGUGACCAGUGGUUUAGGAGAAUUGGUGAUUGGUGGGUUAAUAGCAAGUAUUUGCAACUUGAAGCUGGCUUCAUGAAGCACAGUCAUGCUUCUCUCAAAUGCUGACUUCACUUUAAUUACUUCCACCUUUC